UCUGCGAAAAUAAUGAAAAAUUUUGGAAUUGAUAUAUUUUCGCCUUCCCGUAGCAUUGCUAACACUUUGGAUAAAUGGGAGUUACCUAAGGAAAAUGUGGUAAUCAAUCGACGUUUGGGUGAAGGUGCUUUUGGAACCGUCUACGGUGGUGAAGCGUUAAUUAAUUCUGAAAACUGGACAGCUGUGGCGGUGAAAACCUUAAAGGUUGGCGCUUCUACUGAAGAUCGCUUAGAUUUUCUCUCCGAGGCUGAAGCCAUGAAACGUUUUAAUCACAAAAAUAUUGUAAAACUUUUGGGAGUUUGCUUGCAAUCAGAGCCUAUUUACACUAUAAUGGAAUAUAUGCUGUAUGGUGAUUUAAAAACAUAUUUGCUUGCCCGUCGGCAUUUGGUAAGCGAAACUAUUUCUGAUGAUUCGGAUAUAUCUAGCAAACGUCUUACAAUGUUUGCAUUAAAUAUUUCGCAUGGCUUGGAUUAUUUGGCUCAACAGAAAUACGUACACCGUGAUAUAGCUUGCCGUAACUGUUUGGUAAAUGCAAAACGAGUUGUCAAAAUCGGUGAUUUCGGCAUGGUUCGUCCGACUUACGAAAGUGAUUAUUAUCGUUUUAAUCAUAAAGGUAUGUUACCUGUACGCUGGAUGGCACCUGAAUCUUUGGCAUUGGGCAUGUUUACACCAUUUUCUGAUGUUUGGGGUUUUGGAGUAGUACUCUUUGAAAUCAUAACUUUUGGCUCCUUUCCAUAUCAGGGUUUAACGAAUGGUGAAGUUUUGCAGUUUGUAAAAAAUGGUAAGACCCUGAGAAUGCCAGCUGACGCGAAGCCACAAUUAAAGGGCCUUAUAAGAGCCUGUUGGAAUCGUAAUCCCAAAAAAAGACCAGCGGCAUCUGAAAUUGUUAAAUAUAUAACCAAUUACCCUCGCCUGCUAACACCUUGUCUGGAUUUCCCCAGUGCUUGCAUAGAAAUGGCGGACGCGGGAAGUGACCAGCUCGAAUUUCUGCCCAACUCUCUUCAGUUUUCUUCACAAGGAAGUUACUCAAGCCUCGAUAUAGCAGAGCAAGCUACAAGAGCUGAAAAGAUAAAGGACAGCGGUUUUGUUGAUGACGAUAAUUUGCCAGAAAUUAUUAGCGAUUCUUCUAAUGAUCCGAGUUCGUAUUCGCCCACGACAGUGGAUGGGUAUAGCGUCAUGUCGCCUUUGCUUGUGCCUCAUGUCAGCUGCGGUAUAAGUGAAGCGCACACUUAAAUAUUAAAAAAAUCACUUUAAAAUACGCAGUAACGGCUUCGUAGCUGCGAGAACGGAGAGCGCCCGACGCACGUUUAGUGACAAUUUUCACAGGUGCAUUUAAUUAGUGGCAACAAAUUUUGAAAGAUUCAGUUCCUAUAGAUGAUGUUAGUCUAAGCACUUGGUUUUAAUUUCAGUUUGUAUUUAAAUUUGUAAUGAAAUGUACAUACGAUCUACUCGCAUUCGAGUCUGGUGCAAUCAUAAUGACAAUUUUGUCAAUGACAAUGAUUGAAAAGCAAGCGGAAAGCUUUAUUUUUUCCUCGCGAGACAAAUGUUGCAUAUUCAUGAUAUAUUUUUUAUUGACCUCAACGAUCGAGGCGAUCGGAACUGCUCUCAAUUCUAAUAGAUAAUCACGUAAAAGAUAUUCCACUCAAAAUUCAUAUCAGGCAAAAUCGCCAAUGUAUAGUUAAAAUUUUCAAUGCAAAUUUUCGAAGCUUUUGCAAUUACUUAUCGUAGAAGUGAUUGAGACCGAGCCAUAUUAUAAUUUUUCCCUGCGGAAUAUAGCCAAUGGCACAUUUGUUCAUUUCCCACUGGUACUGCAAAAUACUUGUAUUUUCAUAGCCUAAUUAAAGCAAACAUGAUGGAGUUCAGUUUGGUUUUCCGGAUUGUUUCGAGUUUUUGCUUUAUAAAAAUGGCGCUGUUUUGGGAUAAAAUUGUAGAAAAGUACUUAAGCGACACUGAGUGUUUCCAAGCUAGAUCUUGAACUAUUGUAAUGAUUUUCGAUAUUGAAGAACACCAAAUCCUCGCAAGCUUUAUAGAAAAAAAAGUUCAUAACCCGAGUAUUUGUAAUGACUAUAAAAAAUCGACUUCAAUGUCAAUCCAAAACUUUCAAAACUGCAUGAUUGUAUUCACUUGGGUUGUCUGGAUAAAGUAAUAUUUUUAUGACGUUUGUGGCCUUGUGCAGAUUUAAAAUUUUGGAUUUGUUUUCAAGCUGCGCAGCCUUUUCUUACAAAUAUAUUUGGUUUGUGAAAGUUAUACUCUAAGCCCUUAAGCAAUAAAUUGCAUUUUACAUUUUUAUUUACUCCUUGCUUAAUUGUCUCGCCACGUUCUAUUUAUUGUAGGCCUUCAAUCUUCCAAUUUUUACAUUUCAUUUUUCUUUCAGUUUUGUAAUUAGGUUUGAUGAAACCAGAGUUUAAUUUUUAUAUUGACGAAGAUUUUCAAGAAUUGUUGAGUGUAUGGAUUUCGAAGCUUUCGAAUCUUAUUAGAGUGUAUUCAUGAAUAUUUAUUUUUUGUUUACAGAGGGUGUAGGAAAUCCAAUGGAAACAUUUUUGUAUAUUGCGGCUCCAGAAGAUACCUCUACUGCAUUGAUUUUUUCCAGGUUUUGUCACUCACUUCUUCUUCGAAAUUACAUACUUGACUUAUAUUUUUCUCUGUGUUUGCCUUAACAUAUGCUUAGCAGAUAAUACAAAUGUUUCGUAGUUAUUUGUUGUAAUGGAUUUAUUCCGUUAGUCGGGAAUCGAAUCUCGAUAGACCGUUUCUGGCAUAUUGUGGAAUUGGGAUAAUUACUGCAAUAUUAUUAUACUGAAGAACAACAGCUCUUCGAUGUUUCUGUAACCACUGAAGUGUGUGAUUAAGUCCGGCUUGGUCUUUGCUAGAAUGUCUGGCUUGAUUAUUGUUAGUUUGCUAGAGAAAAUCACUUCUCCAAGCAUAAAAUAAUGGUUAUUACAUCGUGUGUCCGACCGUACGCGUGAUGACUGACAGAUCUAAGCAGUUUUUUUAGGCGUUUCUUUAACAAGCAUAUGCUUUUAUACAAUGAAGGAUAUUGCAUACUUGGUUCUUACCAACGGCUCCGAAUUCAAAAGUAUCACUGUGCCGAUGCAUUAUCCCUUGGUGUUAGUGAAGAGAACAAUCACAUAGGGAAUCGACGAUCGAUAUAGAGCUUGUUACUAAAAUGGAAUGCUUUUCUGUGACAAGAAUGAUAGUUUUGAUGAUGUUUUUUUUUCCGCGCUUCUGCGCGCGCGCUAUGAUCUUCAGCUUCGCUGUAAGAGUGCAAACUCAAGACAAACAAUGCUGAAUGAAAGCGGCAAUUAGUUCCAAAUUGACUAAGGUUUGCAUUUGCAGUACGGCACUAGUUGCUGUCGUUGUUGAAAAAUCGUCCAACUUCACAGGGCUUUUGUAUAGAUGUUGACGUAUAAAUGACUCAUGUCUUUGAUUAUAUCUAUAGAUAUUUAGAAUUGAUGAUAUUUGUUCCGAAGAGUAUUUCGCAUUGCAGUAUUAAAUGCGAGUGGUCGUUUGAACCACUACCGCUCUAGGAAGCUUGUCAUGUCUUUAGCUGGUAUCUUUAAGAAAACUAUUUUCGCUACGUUUCCUGUUUCCAAUUUUUUUUAAACAAUUUUUACUCUUUCUGUUACAAUUUAUAGCUACUGUAUAGUUUAUGGCUAAUAUUGUCUUGAUGAAUAGUUUUGUUUUACAGGCCUACAAAAGGGACCUGAAUUUUAGCACUUUAUCUUCUCAUUACUUUUGCCGAUGACCGACACAUUUGACCGAGUAACUUUUCUUUGCAUUCCCUUGUGUGGAAACAAAACGGACGGGUCCCAACUGGUGCAUAGAGUACAAUAUAGAGUAAGACAUAUCUGUUUGUGUCUAUCAAGCGGCCAUUGAUUUGAAGUCUUGCAUCCUUUACCAAAUAUUUAGUCCUAAGUUUUGUCUCCGUAAAUUUUCAGUAACAUUUCGUUGAUCUGAAAAAUUGUUUGACUUAUUUUGGAGUGUUUGUUGUCAAAAGACUAAGCACGAAUCCAGCCUUGCCAGGAUUUGGGAUUAUUUACCCUUGAAUGAUUCUGUGCCCUCGGAAGUCGAUUUUGACGAAUUCCCAUUUGUCUAGCUGAGUUUUCAGAUUAGCUUUUUCGGCUUUCAAUAGAAAAAUGUUGCCGAUACCUUUGAUACCUCGCUUUGGAAGGGAGUUGUGAAUGUUGUACAAGGUACAUAUGAUUUCCAUCGUCAUCAGAUGGAAAGGCAUUGUUACGAAUUGAUAUAUCUCAAUUGUGGCGAAACAUGGUUUCCUGGAUUUCGGUUUAAUAGCUAAGCUAAAUUAAUUGUAGUGAAUAAUUUCUUGAUUGUUCAGUCAAUCAAACACCAGUCUGUCCUUUUUUUUCGUUUACGUCUGCCUGCUUCUUAACUAUCCGUAUUGGACCAGAGUACGUUAACUUGCUAUGUCAAGUUACUUCGUUAUGCAAUAUGUCUUAUAUUUGGUAAAGGUAUGAAUUUGUGAAAAUAGGCACAACGUCUGUUGUUUUUACGUCGUAUUUGACCGCAUUUGUGUGUGUGAAUGUUAUUGGUGGUGGUGAGCUAGCUAGCUUGCUAGAAUAUUUUGUGUUCUUUUUUUUAUCAUUUCUAGAAUCUCUGCCUUUUCGUAUGUCGCAUGUCGUUCGAUAAGCAAUACGAAGUUUCUCGUAGUGAUCACAAUCAUGCUUGCUUCUGUAGCACGUAUGUUAUUGAUGCUGAGGGAAAGUUACGUGCCAUGGCUUUUCUUGUCAUACACUGAUCGUUAAUGAUUAAUUUAUUUUUCGGAUAAUUUUUUACGAAUCCGUAUUUUUUAAGGACUCGCUUCCUAGACAUAAAAAAGUUGUGAAAUGUGCAGUCUACUAACUCUAACUCUGCAAUCCCACAUUUUAGAACAUCGAGAUACUCGACAGGCGGUUGCUAUUCUGAUCUUAUUUGGAAGUUUCUUAAGGUUCAAGGAUUACGAAUUGAUUUUCCACAGGUCCAGUGUUAUGUGUUUGUUCAAAAUGCGAUGGGUCAGUAAUUUUUGCAAUGAAGAUAUGAAUUACUAGUGAGCUGUUGGCUGGUAGGUUAUAAGAAGUUGCGCUAAUUCAGGUUUACCGAAUUGGCUGUUGUUACUAAUUCUACCGAAAUUUUCUUGGCUGUUAUUACUGUGAAUGUUUCGGCUACAAU